GCUGCUACACAGUUCGUUCAGUUAGUUCGCUUUCGUCAAACCCGGAGAGAUGUCACACUACCCGCCGCAGGGUCAACACCUACCUCACAACCCGAACGAGGGGCCAAUUUCCCACACCGUCUUCCCACCGGAUAUGAAUCCAAGGUAUCCCCAUCGGCCGAUUGGUCCAGAUCCAAUCACCGGGCAGUAUCCGCCGGGAGGAGUUCAUCCACCGGGACUCUAUCCGCCACCGCACCUGAUGCCACCACCGUUGGAUGACCCAAACUACCCGGGACCGUACCCGCCUGGUCACUAUCCUCCUGGACAGUAUCCACCCGGGCAGUAUCCACCCGGCCAGUAUCCACCCGGCCAGUACCCACCCGGACAGUACCCACCCGGACAGUACCCACCCGGACAGUAUCCACCGGGAGGGCACUAUCCGCCGCACCACCCAUAUGAUGAACAAGCGGUUGCUUUUGGCGGUGCGCAACAGCGGAAGGAACCGGAAAAGAAGUGACAGCGAUGAUUUUAGAAAAUUAUAUUCUAGUAUCUAAGGUGUAGUGAUUAUGUAAUUUUUCAAAUUAUUGCUUAUAUCCAGAUAAAAUUCAGUGUA